CCCCGUCCGACGUGCGCACGCUUGUCUAGCAGCCCCGCCCGGAAUUUGCCCCGGGGCGUAAGCACACGAAUCUUCGAGACCCGCCACCCUCGGCACCGCACCUCCUUCCGGCUCUCGAGAUCGAUUCUCUUCUCUGCGCCUCCUCUCAGCACUCCUCGUAAGCACUCCGACCCUCCGUCUCCUCGCGCGCCCCCGCUCGCCCUCCCUGCCCCUCAAAAUCCGUCGAGCUCGCUUCUCCCAUUCCACACGUCCCUCUCGCCCGGCGUGCGCAAGCCCUCGCAUUACGUGUCGCCACCGCUUCCGCCCAGCCGACAAAUCCGGAAAUUCCGGCCACAUCGCGCGCGACUAGCAGCUGUACAGCACACCGCACGGCUCCUGACUUUCGUCACCCGCUCGCGCACUCCACUCGUCCACUACCACCACCACCUCCGUCGAUCCUCCGUCCACCUCUACCUUCGCCAUGAGUAAUAAGGGUCGCUCGACACCGCGCGUCGUCUGCUGUGCGAUUCCUAUAGCAAGAGCAGCGGGCAAGGUCCUCGUCAUUACCAGCCGGAAACGGCCAAAUAACUGGGUCUUACCCAAAGGAGGAUGGGAGCCUACGGACGGGGUGCUCGAAGCAGCAGCCUCGCGGGAAGCCUUGGAAGAAGCGGGCGUCCGCGGCAAAAUCACGCGGUUCGUGACGACGAUCCCGUCGGCAUCAUCGACGUACCAUUUCUACGAGCUCGACGUCGCCGACCUCGACCACGAGUGGCUGGAGAGCAAGGAGCGCAGACGGGAGUGGGUCGACUACGCGGAGGCCGUCCGGCGGCUCUCCUGGAAGGCGGAGCUCGCGCAGGGGCUCUCGCUCUCGACGCUCGCGCCGAAGCGGUGAUAGCAGGCGCGUCGUCAUGCGGCGGAGGGCAAGGGGUUCAAGGCCGCCGCGUUGCCGCUCGUGAUCCCAGAAACAUCUCCCGACGCCGGUCACAGCUAGAAUCCGCACCGACGCCGCCCGCCCACCGUCGUCGCCGCGGCCGCCCCCGAUCCAUCGUUCGCUGCCGCUCUUGUCUUACACAUCCACAGACACUCGCCUGACCCUUGCUAUCGACACUCCCACUCGUAUUCGCGCUCCGUUCAAGUUCAAGUUCGUUCCCGUUCAAGUCCACGCCAACAUUGUAGAGUCCGCCACCGCUACCGCCGCCGUUGCUGCACGCCGUUCCAUCCACCCAAUGCUAUUCUGCUCCCCCACGCGUCCGCGUCCGCGCCCCGCAUCGCAUCGCACGACCCCCCUACUGUACCGACCGACGCGUUUAAUGCAUAUACCUCCCGAGCCCCCCUCCCCGCAUU